AUGAAGUUGAAGCGCGCAAAGGCGUACAAAAAGCAGCUCCACCAAUACGAACUCAACUUCGGCUUCCGCGAACCCUACCAAGUCCUGCUCGAUUCACAAAUCCUCGAAGAUGCCUACUCCUGCAAGAUCGACUUCCUCGCGCGACUCCAGAAGAUGCUCGGCGGGCAGGUAAAGCCCAUGAUCACGACGUGCGACAUGCGACACCUCUACCUCGCAGAACCGAAGAACGAGACCCUCAUAUUACAAGCCAAGGAGUACGAACGUCGGCGGUGCAACCAUCAAGAUCUGGAGAAGCCGCUGAGCACGCUGGAGUGCCUGAGCUCCGUGGUGGAUCCCAAGGACAAUGCGACAAACAAGCAUCGAUAUGUCGUCGCCGCCAACGACCCGAGCACGCGCGCAAAGAUGCGACAGAUCGCCGGUGUACCCAUCAUAUACCUGUCCAAGUCUAUAGUGCUCAUGGAGUCUAUGGCUGAUGUGACGGAGCAGCACCGCGAGCGAGAGGAAAAAUCAAAGUUCAAGUUGGGACUCAAGGGACAGCGGAAGCCAGAUGCGGCCACGGCCCCGAAGAGGAAACGAGAAGACGAGGGACAAGGUGAUCAAUCUAUUGGAGAUCAGGCUACGGGAGACGCAAAGCCCAAGGCGAAGAAGCGCAAGGGCCCCAAGGGACCGAACCCGCUGAGCGUCAAGAAGCCGAAGAAGGACAAUUCGGCCCAGCCAAAUGCUACCAAGAAGUCGCGGCCGUCUACAUCUGAGGUCAACGGUGGAGACAGUCAGAGGGGCGACCGGGAAGAAUCAGCACCUCGUAAGAGGAGGAGGAAGCACAAGUCCAAGGCUGAUGAUGGCGGCGAUGCGCCGGAUGGAGGUGAGCCUGCCUCGCCAUGA